CUGAUAGACGGCACUGACUUAGCAUCACUUCUGGGCACUGACUGGCGGCACUGGCUGGCACAACCCCUGGGCACUGGUAGGUGGCACUGCAGAGUGGCACAGGUAGGUGGCACUGCAGAGUGGCACAGGUGGGGGCACUGCUGGGCACAGGUGGGGGCACUGCUGGGCACGGUGUGGGCGGGGCUAGUGGGCGCACUGCUGGGCACCGAUCAUCAGGGCACUGAUCAUCAGUGCCCUGAUGAUCGGUGCCGAUCCCCGCUCUGACAACUGCCGGUUCUCGGCAGUACUUUCCUCACGAUCUGACAGCGUGAGGAAAGUGCAGCCGAGAACCGGCACUUGCAU